GACGAAUCUCAGUGUAGAAGAAAUGAUGGGGAGGUUUCAAGCGGUUGUUUCAUGAAGCGAUGAAGGUUGUGUGGAAGCUCCAUUCGCUUUCUGUACUUCUUGUUACGUGUUUAUCAGAGUGACCGGUGAGGGUAGGUGUGGCACCACCACGUCCACCCAAUAUCGCACACACACAGCUUUUUAAGGACCAGUGUAAGAAACAAAGACACCCGAUUGGUCCAGCAGAAGCUUUUAAUCAUGGGAAAACAAAACAGCAAGCUGCGUCCUGAAGUUCUGAACGACCUACGAGAAAACACAGAGUUCACCGACCACGAGCUGCAGGAGUGGUACCGUGGCUUCCUGAAAGAUUGCCCUACCGGCCACUUAACUGUAGACGAGUUUAAAAAAAUCUAUGCCAACUUCUUUCCAUAUGGAGAUGCCUCUAAAUUUGCUGAGCAUGUUUUCCGUACCUUUGACACCAACGGUGAUGCCACCAUAGACUUUCGGGAGUUCAUAAUCGCGCUGAGCGUGACAUCGCGUGGAGGCCUGGAGCAGAAACUUCGAUGGGCGUUUAGUAUGUAUGACCUGGAUGGAAACGGAUACAUCAGUAGGGCAGAGAUGCUGGAGAUAGUGCAGGCAAUUUACAAAAUGGUGUCAUCGGUGAUGAAGAUGCCAGAGGACGAAUCAACACCAGAGAAACGAACUGACAAGAUUUUUAAACAAAUGGACACAGACAACGAUGGAAGACUUUCUCUGGAGGAGUUCAUCAAGGGUGCCAAAAGCGAUCCCUCCAUAGUCCGACUGCUCCAGUCUGACCACAGCACCUCCCGUCAGUUCUGAAAGCAGCAGCAUUCACAGCAAACCAGACCAAAUAUAACUCAAACAAGCGUUCCGCUGGUUGCUACAGCGUAUUACUGCAUUUCCCAGAUCGUCUUUGCAGUUGAAUUUCCCAAAGCUAGUGACAUUAUUCACAUUUUUGUUCAUGUGCUUAGGAAUGGUGUUAAAGCUAAAUUAUAUAUUACAAAACAUUUAGGCUAUUAAUGUUACUAAACUUGAUCCUAAAGAUGCAAACAAGUUAAUAGUUAAAGUUAACAAUGUCAUUCUACACAGGAAGCUGAGAGAAAGUAAAAAUGGACAAGUUUGACUCUU